AUGGGCAAGAGUCUUUUGUACCUGGCCAGCGCCGUGGUGCUCACCUCUGAGGUGUCUGCCGACCUGUACCGCGUUGCCGAAGCCACCACUGUCUUCAACUUUCCUCUCGAUCAAGUCAACCCGAGGCCGACACCAGCGCCAUAUGACUUCCUCAAGGCGCGCCAAGAAACCAGCAGCAGCCAAACCGUCCUGGUCGCUCCCAGCAACACUUGCGGCUACGUUUCCGGUCGACCCGGUGCUGCUUUUACCUGCAAUGGCGCCGACGCCAAUUGCUUGUUCUUCACAGCCGACAGCACCUUGCGCGGAGCUGUAGCAUGCUGCAACUCAGAUGUGUGCGGUGCUCGAGUAACAUGUUACGACCGUGACGCUAUUGCUUCCUCCAGUGUCUGCGACAAUGGCUGUCUGGUUGACACUUUCACGCUCAAGUGCACCGAGUCAUCAGCCCGCUACUGCAACACUAUUUCGUUUUCCUCCAACAUCUGGGACUAUUUCUGCAACUCGAUUGAAAUCUCAACACCACAACUCGCUACUACAACGUAUCAAGGCCAAUCGAACGCAGAAGACUGGUCUCCCCUUGUUCUGACCGGCUCGGGCGAAAGCUCGGUGACGCUUCCUCCCGAAUCUGCUCGAACUCCCAUCUUUGACGACGAAUCGUCACAGUCUCCAGCACCUAGCAGCACCGGCGGCAGUACGGCUGAUGGCGGCAGCGGCAGCAGCGGCGGUGGGUCCUCGACACCCGUUGGUGCCAUUGUUGGUGGUGUCGUGGGCGGCGUUGCAGCCAUCGCCAUCGCGGGCUUCCUCAUCUGGUUCUGCCUCCGCCGCAAGAAGAAGCAGGAGCAAGCCAACAACCAGCCCAUCCCCCCGCCCGUCAUGCAACAGGCUCCGGGGCCCCAGAGUUCCUACCCUCCGAGCUCGCCGCCUCCGCAGCACCCCUCGCCGAACAGUCAUCAGUCGUACUACGACCCCAAGUUCGGCGGCUAUGUUCAGAAUUACCAGCAGACUCCCUCUCCCGGAAACGAUGCCUACUCCCCCGGCUUCCAACAGCAGCAGCAGCAGCAGGCUCUGUUUGGCCAGCAGCAGACCUCGCCAGGAGGUUACUACCCCGCCGGCGCUGCGGUGCCGGACCGACAGGACACGACGAGCCCGAGCAGCCUGUCCGGCAGCACGGCGCACAGGCUGAGCACCGUUGCGCCAACGAGCCCGGGAAGCGUGCAGGGCGGAGGCGCAUAUCAGCAGGCCGCUCCGGUGUACGGCCAUCAGGGGCAGACGCAGCCCACCAUUCACGAGGCGCCAAAUGGUGGUGAUCACCACCGAGGGCAGAUGCACGAGAUGGCGUAG